CUAUCCUUCCACCACAACAUUGGAUUCCCAUUCUUCUCUGAGCUUGUCUCUGUCAUCACACGUCUCGAAGUCGUAGACAGAACAUCUAGCUCAAAAUCAUUCUCGGUUGUUGAUCGAAACCACAUCCUCGGCGCGCGUCAUCCCGCUCCCCGCGCGUCCUGAGACAGUACUCAGAGGACCACAACAAAAACAACAACAAGAUAUUUUUAACUAUGGCUACUCAGCAUAGUCUACCCGGAACUCCCUCACGUCGCGUUCUAGGCAACUUGACGCCCAGAGCUAUGAACACGUCCUCGAAAACUAAGAGUCUCGAGUCGUCUGAACUCACUCGAGCGCAAAGCAUACUGAAGCAACUCCAAGCCGUCGCUCACACUCCACGAGUCUUCACAGACAAGGAGAACGUCACAGGUAUCGACGCGUUCCCUCACGGAAGAAAGAGGAGCAUCGCCGAAGUAGACGACGCGGAGAAAGUCCCGACCGCGAAAAUGGUCGCAUUCGAACGCGAUACACCCCAACAAGACUCGAAAGCCCAGCUCACUACCGCCGCCGUGCAGCGCCACACAUCCAACAACCCCGUAGGCCUCGCCGACCCCGGAUCCCCCACCGAACGCGCAACACCCACGCCCUCCCCACCUUCCCCCGAACCGCAAUCGCAACCCUUCCCCGACUCGCAAAAGUCCUUUUCAGAGUUUCUCGACUACGGACUCUGCGCGUCCCAGCAGAGCGAGCACGGCAUCGCAGUCCCCGCGCCCAAGUCCGCACCCAAACCCGCGCCCCAAACAUCCACAAGCGCACCAGCACCCAAAUCGCGCGCGCAACUCUUGCGCACGCGUCUGACAUUCGCGAAAUACAAAGUCCGCACGAACCAAGUCUCCAAGCCGUCACGCGAAGUGCUGUCCGACUACGAACUAUCCUCGUCGCCCGACGCGCUGCGCACAUCCAGAUCGUCCAACACCACCAACGUCUACACGACUUCAGCAGAGAUCCUUGCUCCUGCGGCACCAGCGCAGCGCGUGCCUAACAUCACGAUAUCCUCGCCCUCGCGCAACCCCGUCUUCGUGAAAGCGAACCUCGAUCCGUUCCGCCCGAUCGGCGCCUUAGGACAACCACCCGUGAGCUUCGUGCCGCCGCAACAAGGCAGUGGAGUGGAGUCUAGAGUGGUAGAAGGGUAUGAAGUCGGGAGCUCGCCGCCGGUGCAAAGCGUGAGUCCCGCUGCGUUGAUGAGUCCGAUACGUGGCGAGGAAAGCAAACACGAGAGACUGCAACAGCUGAAGGAGCAACAAUGGAGGGAGAGCGGUAGUGUGCAGGGGAAUGCGGGGAAUGCGGCGAAGGGGUUGUUGGAGUUGAUGAGCGGGAGACGGUAGAGAGAUGAAGGGGAGGCUUGGGUAGUAAUGCAUCGUUAUGA